AUGACCGACCAGACUAGAGAAGCUGCCGGCGUGCCCACCAUCAUUGAGAACAAACCCGCUCCCGGUGUGCCAUACUUCACGCCAGCUCAGACACCUCCUGCCGGCACCGCCGCCAACCCCCAGUCCAAUGGCUCCGCGCCGCCCAAGCUCUUCCAGCCGCUCACCAUCCGCGGCACCACUUUCCAGAACCGCAUAUUCCUCUCCCCUCUCUGCCAAUACUCGGCCGAGAAUGGCUACCACACCGCCUGGCACCACACCCACCUGGGCGGCAUCCUCCAGCGAGGUCCCGGCCUGACCAUGGUCGAAGCCACCUCGGUCACACCCCAAGGCCGCAUCACGCCCGAAGACUCGGGCCUCUGGGAAGACGGGCAGAAGGAAGCCCUGCGCAAGACCGUCGAGUUCGCUCACUCUCAGGGCCAAAAGAUCGGCAUCCAGCUCGGCCACGCGGGCCGCAAAGCCAGCACGGUCGCGCCCUGGCUGUCCUCGGGCGCCACGGCCGUCGAAGCCGCCAACGGCUGGCCCGACGACGUCUGGGCCCCCUCGGCCGUCGCCUACAACGACCAACACCCGCACCCCAAAGCCUACACGCUCGAGGGCAUCCAACAACUCAAGGACGCCUUCGUGGCCGCCGUGCGACGCGCCGUCGACGUCGGCUUCGACCUGAUCGAAAUCCACGCCGCGCACGGCUACCUGCUGCACGAAUUCCUCUCCCCCGUCUCCAACCAGCGCACCGACCACUACGGCGGCAGCUUCGCGAACCGCGCCCGCCUGACCCUCGAGAUCGUCGACCUCGUGCGCCAGACCAUCCCCCGAGAAAUGCCGCUCUUGGUGCGCAUCUCCGCCACCGACUGGCUCGAGACCGUCUCGGAGGUCCGCGAGUCUUGGACCCAAGAACAGUCCGCCGACCUCGCCGCCCUGCUGGCCGACCACGGCGUCGACCUGCUCGACGUCUCCAGCGGCGGCCUGGACCCGCGCGCCCAGAUGAAGGGCGGGCCCGCGUACCAGGCCCCCUUUGCGAAGUUCAUCAAGGCGCGCGUGGGCGACAAGUUGCUCGUCACGAGCGUCGGCAGCAUCGACAACGGGAAACUGGCCAACGAGCUCGUCACCGAGGGCGGUCUGGACGCCGUCUUCUCCGGCCGCUGGUUUCAGAAAAAUCCUUCGCUGGUCUGGCAGUUUGCCGAGGAGUUGGGCGUCGAGAUCAAUGUCGCGAGUCAGAUGGCCUGGCCGUUCAGGGGGAGAGGCGUCGUCUCCAAGUCAUAA